AUGGAUUCAACAGUGAAAAGUGAGGUCAUUCUCUCAGGUUACAUCAUUUCCUUCCUGAUCGGCUUCCCCUGCAAUCUCAUCGCUCUCUAUGCGUUUAGUGUCAAGAUCCACACAAAGCCAGUUCCCACAAACAUCCUGCUUCUCAAUCUGACCGUCUCUGACCUGCUCUUCUUGAUCAUCCUUCCUCUCAAGAUGCAUGAGGCAGCCUCUGGUAUGGAAUGGAAUCUGCCAAACUUCAUGUGCUCCAUCACCUCCUUCACCCUUUACUCCACAAUCUACACCAGUUCCUUGCUGCUCAUGGCAGUCAGUGUGGUCCGCUACAUAGGAGUAGUAUUUCCUGUCACCUAUCGUCAGCUGCAUAAACCUGUGUAUGCAGUUGUUGUCAGUGCUGUUAUUUGGCUGAUCUCAACAGCACACUGCAGCAUCACUUUCAUCAUCCAGCACCACCCAUCUCUGGCCAGCAACAACUCCAGUGUGUGCUAUAAACACUUUACAGAGAAGCAGUUGGAGGUCCUCCUCCCAGUACGUUUGGAGUUUUUCUUUGUACUCUGCCUCAUACCUCUUCUAGUUUGUGUUUACUGCUACUUGCACAGCAUCUUGAUUCUGUACAGCCGCCCCAUGAUGUCCCGGAUGCAGAAACAGAAAGCCAUUGGUAUGGCCUUGGGUAGUCUUGCUGUCUUCCUCAUUUGUGUUCUGCCAUACAAUUUAUCUCAUUUAUUGGGUUACUUUAAGGGCCAGAACCUGGAGUGGCAGUACUACACAUUGCUGCUCAGUUGUUUUAGCACCUGCAUUGAUCCCAUCAUCUUCUAUUUUUCCUCCUCCAUCUUCCGAUUCUCAAGUGAAAAGUUCAUUUUUAGGAAGUGGAUUUCAAAGAAAGAAUAA